AUGUUAAACUUAGAUGUUCAGAGCAAGAUAUGUGGAGCAUGCUGUAUAAUAUCUACAGUAACUCUUAUUAUUAUGAUAUUUUCAUCAUUUGCCUCUCUUGAAGUUAAUGAAUAUGGAUUAGAUUAUAGCUAUAUCUCAAAAUCUAUUGGCAAGAAAGCAUAUCCUGGUGGAAUUCACUUUUUAGGAGUUGGACAUAGCUUUAUAAAGUAUCCAAAAACAGUUCUAAAUUUAGAUUAUAGUAAUCAUGAAGGAGCAGAUUAUCCUCCUCUAAAAAGUCGUACUUCUGAUGGUUUAGAAGUUAUUUUGGAAAUAUCAUUUUAGUACAAAUUGGAAUAUGAAAGUCUUUAUGACCUCUUUCAUUUAUAUAAAGAUAACUAUUCUAAAAUAUUUUCAUCAAUAGCAGUGAAUACCUUGACCUAAACAGCAACUUACUACACUGCUUACAAUUUCUUUGUUGAUAUUUAAAAGAUAGGAGUUAAGAUGCAAGAAGAUCUUAACGAUGUUUUUAAAAAAAAUUGUUUUUCUUCUAUAGAAUUUUUUUAACUAAGAUCUGUAGAUUUACCUAAUUAGUUUGAAGAAGCAAUUUAAGUCUCUGAAGUGAAAAAGCAGUAAAUAUAGUUAGCUCAAGCAGAAAAAAGUAGAACAAUAGUAGAAUUAGAAACACUUAAGAUGAGUGCAAGCUUUUAAAAGAAUGUUACAAUCAACUAUGCUUUAGGUGAUGCACAAGCAAUUGAGUUAAAUGGUAAAGCACAAGCAAUCUCUAUGAUAAAUGUUUAAAAUGUGAAUACUUAAUAGUAUAAAAAACUAAAAAAGUAGCUUAAACUAAAUAAUAAUUAAUUACUAAAUUACAUAAAGUCAAAAGUAGUAAGAGACUACAAUGGAAAGGGAUUAGCAAUAGCUAUAGAUAGUCCAGAUAAAAAUCAAAAUGUUUAAAAAUGA